UCAUGCGUUACGGUAAUGCGUCGAUAUGUGUCAUUGGAGCGACAAUAAUACUGUUGCCGGAUCAGAGUGAUAUAAUUAUAUUAUAUUAUAUUGUAUUAUAUUGAUUAGAUUAAGUUUAUCACUCUGAGAUAUUGUGUAUAAGUUUUAAUACUCUGGAUUUAUCAGCAAUAUUUUCAUAAACCUAACAGCAUGACCUCGUUGCUGAUUUUACCGAGACGUACUAUAAAUAUCAAAAGUAAUGGAGGCAUUUUCACAGGCAAAGGUCUAUCAAGGGUACAAUUUGCACGUAGGAAUGUUUCAGCCAAGUGUGUACCUGUUCAGAAGCUGGACCUGGAGGGACAUGGACUCUCAGGUAUGUGGGGAUGUUGGAGAAGCGUCCAUAGAGGGUUUUUUGGAGGAGGCCAUGGUGGCACCAAACAGAAUAUGACUUUAGAGGACAUCGCGAAAGGAAUCAGAGAACGAGAAUACAAACGGAUAGUGGUGAUGGCCGGAGCAGGGAUCAGUACUCCAAGUGGAAUUCCAGAUUUCAGAUCACCCGGAAGUGGCCUUUAUGACAACCUCCAACAGUACAACCUCCCCUAUGCCGAGGCCAUAUUUGAGAUUAAUUAUUUCAAUCACAACCCUAAACCUUUCUUUGCCUUGGCUAAAGAGUUGUAUCCUGGUAAUUAUCGUCCCAAUCUGGCACACUACUUCAUCCGGCUGCUUCAUGACAAAGGCCAGCUGCUCAGGAUGUACACUCAAAACAUCGAUGGACUGGAGAGAAAUUCGUGUUUUUUUUCUCUCCCAGUGGCAGGAAUCCCAGCUGUGAAGUUAGUGGAGGCACACGGGACAUUCGCGACAGCCACGUGCACAGUUUGUCGUCGAGAAUAUCAAGGAGAAGACCUGCGUAGCGAUAUAAUGGAAGGAACAGUGCCUCACUGCUCUCAGUGUAAAGGAGUCAUUAAGCCUGACGUUGUGUUUUUUGGUGAAGAGCUGCCACAGCACUUUUUCCUCUACCUCACCGACUUCCCCAUAGCAGACUUACUGAUUGUAAUGGGGACGUCUUUAGAGGUGGAGCCAUUUGCCAGUUUAUCCAGCGCCGUGCGAGGUUCUGUGUCUCGCCUUCUUAUAAACCGUGACCUGGUGGGACCCUUUGCCUGGGGCUCUUCACGGUACAGUGACGUGGCAGAGCUGGGUGAUGUAGUGAGCGGCGUGAGGAAACUGGCAGACACUUUGGGCUGGAUGCCUGAGCUGGAGGCUCUUAUGUGUGAUGAAAGUCAGAAGAAGCUCCUGAUAUUAGAGCAGAAUUUGAAGUCUCAGCUUGGCCACUCUCAGGACAAAUCCUUGUAAAAGCAUAGCGGCUGUGAAACAUCUCUACUUGGUGUUAAAAAGGCAGAAAAUGAGGGACACCUAUCAGACAUCACAGAACCUACAGCAUUUUUCAUUUCUUCUGCAGGCUUCAAAGAAGAGAGAGGAAUGAUGUGAGAGACCAGCUUCAUUCCUCACAUCCUCUCAGUCAUUUUAUGGCUGUAAUGUCUAGGCUCGAAACCCGUGGCACUUUAACGACCGUGACGGAGAUGGACUGUGAUGCACAACGGCACUUGGAGGCUCAGCUCAGGGAGACAUUAGUUUCUCUUUGUAGCUUUCUUUAGUGGUUGUUUUACACCUUCAUAGUGAAUAGGGAAAUGAUAACGGUAUGAACUAUGAGCUGUUUAAACGUGACAUCAUUUUCAGGAAGACAUUUUUAUUCCUAUGUACAGUAUUAAUAUUAAAAGCUUUGAAAGGUG